GUCAAGGCCACAGUGGCAGGGACUGAGCCAGUGGGGAACAGGCUGUGCCAUGAGGUCAGUGAGGACCUGCCUCUCCCCAGGCUGGUCGCUAGUCCUGGCGGUGCUCCUGGUUGACUCUCUUGGCAAGGAUUUACUUUUUCACCCUGAGUGGGGCUUUGACUCCUAUGAAAUCACAAUUCCCAAGAAGCUGAGCUUCCGUGGAGGGGAGCAGAGAGCGGCCAGGCACAUGUCCUAUCUCCUGCAGGUAAAAGGCAAGGACCGUGUCCUUCACCUGUGGCCCAAGAGGUUUCUAUUGCCCCGGAAUCUGCAGAUUUUCUCCUUCACAGAACAAGGAAGACUCUUGGAAGAUCACCCUUAUAUACCCAGCGACUGCAACUAUAUGGGCUUGGUUGAAGGAAAUCCGGAUUCUGAAGCUACCAUAAGUACAUGUAUGGGAGGUCUCCGAGGCAUCCUGAAAAUUGCUUCCAAUCAUUACCAAAUUGAGCCCUUCAAGGCUUCUUCUAAUUUUGAACACAUGGUAUAUCCCCUGGAGAAAGAGGAAAUUCCCAAUCAAAUCUGUGGCUUAACUAAUGAGGAAACAGUAGAGCAGAUGGCCCAGCAUGAGAACAUGGCUAGGACUCCAGAUUUCACUGAGUCAUAUGUGCACCAAAAGUACUUGGAAUUAGCCCUGGUCUUUGAUAACAGUAGGUAUUUAUAUUUGAACUCUAAUCUUACUCAAGUCAUAAAUGAUGCCAUUCUUCUGACUUCGAUUGCAGACUCUUACUUUCAAGAUGUCCGUAUGAGAAUACAGCUAUUAGCUGUUGAAGUAUGGACAGACAGAGACAAAAUAGCACUUAAUUCCCCAGAGUUAUCACAAGUUUUAGGCCAGUUUGUGCAGUACAGGUCACGUGACCUACGUGUUCGGAUUCCAGCAGAUUGGGCACACCUGUAUGUUCACAAAAAGUUUAAGGAUGCGCUUGCUCAUCACUGGGGAAGUGCAUGUAGUAUGAUGCCUUCUGGCUCUACAAGUUCUGUGCUAGAUAGAAACCUCCUUGGCCCCGCCACUUGGACUGCUCACGUUCUGGGCCACAGUGUGGGGAUGACCCAUGACCCUGAAUACUGCCAGUGUAAGGGCAGGCACAGUUGUAUCAUGGGCACUGGACGAACUGGGUUUAGUAAUUGUAGUUAUGCCGAAUUUUAUGCACAUGUAAGUUCAGGAUUAAACUGUCUAAAUAAUCUCCCAGGCCUAGGCUAUGUGGUUAAGAGAUGUGGAAACAAAAUUGUGGAAGAGAAUGAGGAAUGUGAUUGUGGUUCGACAGAGGAGUGUGAAGAAGAUGGGUGUUGUCAACCAGAUUGUAAAUUCAAACAAGGUGCCAGCUGUAAUAUUGGACUUUGUUGUCAUAACUGUCGAUUUCGUCCAUCUGGAUACAUGUGUCGGGUGGAAGAAAAUGAAUGUGACCUUGCAGAGUACUGCAAUGGGACCUCAGCUUUCUGUCCAAAUGAUACUUAUAAGCAGGAUGGAACCCCUUGCAAGUACGAAGCCCACUGUUUCAAACAGAGUUGUCAAUCCAGGUAUAUGCAGUGCCAAAAAAUUUUUGGACUUGAUGCCAAGGAUGCUCCUCAUCAGUGCUAUGAUGCAGUUAAUGUAAUAGGUGAUCAAUAUGGGAACUGUGGCAUUAUAGGAGUUCGUAAGUAUAAAAAGUGUCCCAAAGAAAGAUCCUUAUGUGGCAGGCUACAGUGUAUAAAUGUCGAAACCCUCCCUGAUAUGCCAGAUCACACCAUCCUAAUAUCCACUCAUCUGCAUGAAGAAAAUCUCAUGUGCUGGGGCAUUGGCUAUCAUCUAGCCAUGGUACCUAUGGGGUUACCUGACCUGGGUGUGAUAAAUGAUGGUACCUCCUGUGGGAAGGAGCGGGUAUGUUUUAAUAGAAAUUGUGUGAAUAGCUCAAUCCUGAAUUUUGACUGUUUCCCUGAGAAGUGCAACCGCCGAGGAGUUUGCAACAGCAACAGAAACUGCCACUGCAUGUAUGGUUGGGCCCCUCCGCUCUGUGAGGAGGUAGGAUAUGGAGGAAGCAUCGACAGUGGCCCUCCAGGACCAGUAAAGGAAGGGGUGCCUGUCUCAGUUCAGGUUGUGUCCCUUAUGGUAAUGCGCCUUAUUUUCUUGUUUAUCUCAGUGAUCCUUGUGUUAUUUUGGAAUGUCCUAGAACACUUCUGAAGCCAAAGAGAGACACCACCAAGUAGCACUGGAGCAGAACAAUUCAAGGCGAAAAAUAUAUCUGUAUCAAGAAACCAAAAAUGUAAUCAGGCAAUCCACAGUAACUCUGUUUACAACACAGGGUCAUAAAUUAAAUAAGCUUCUCAUUUGUCCAUACAGCUCUUUCUUCCUUCAAUUUAUUUUACCUAAUUUUCUUUGAGUUUUUGAUCAGCAAAUAAAAAGUACUCUUGAUUUGGAAACAAAUUGGUGCAUCUUGCUCUCCCCUUAGUUUGGGAUGAAGUUUGGAUCGCCUUUAAAAAAAUGCCCUACUGGUUUUCUGAACACGCAUAUUGUUAGUUUCAUAGAAUUACGGUGGAUUUCAGGGUAACGUACUGUCUUUCAGUCCCAGCAAACAAAGCCGUCAUCUACUUUUCCCUGUCUCCCUCAGUGUCAUCAAUGAAAUCAUCAGUGUCUGUGCCCUAUGUUGAACCAUGAAUGGUGAUUGCCACAUUUUAUAUAUAGAAGGUGAUCGCUUAUGAGGGAUGUCCCUCACUGUGCGGUUCACACACAGCAUAGAAAUCUGGUCUCUGACUCAGUGUUUGGGUUGGCCUUGGCUGGGUUGAGGGCUCAGAGGACUGAGUGGCCCCUUCAGAGGAGUCAGUGACCACCUCUUGCUCAUCAUCCCAGCCCUGUGACAGCCGAAGUGUUUUGGUCUUGUUCUGGGCUGAACCCUCCUGCUGUUCCCUUAACUUCCAUGGGGCUCCUUCUUCCCCAGGCAGCACUGCAGGUCAACUGUACCCCCACUCCAAUCUCCUCUUUUCUUA